AUGAGAGGCCCUAGACCCGAAGAUUUCGACUCCAACACUGCCCACCCGACGCCGACGUUCCCCGCCGGUAGCCGGAAGAAAGGCAUGGGCCUAAGGACGUGGCUGGUGCUUUGCUCGUCGGGGAAGGAGCAAGCGACGGAGGCAGGAAAACACACCAUCAUGCGUCGAACGGGAAUACCUGCGCGUGAUCUCCGGAUUCUAGAUCCGCUGCUGUCGUAUCCGUCUACUGUACUGGGACGUGAGAGAGCGAUCGUGAUCAAUCUGGAGCAUAUCAAGGCGAUCAUCACGGCUCAAGAGGUUUUGUUGCUUAAUUCGAAGGAUCCUUCCGUUGCUCCGUUUAUCGAGGAGUUGCAGAGGAGGAUUAGCUGUCACCGUCACGCUACUAAACCUCAGGAGGGAGAGAACAAUGAGGGAGCCGCCGGACAAGGAGAAGCUGGAACGUCAUCAGGGUAUCAAGGGGAGGAAGCUAAGAAGGAUGCGAAGCAAAGUCUUGGGAAUCAAGAUGGAUCUAAGGUUCUUCCUUUUGAGUUUAUUGCUCUUGAAGCAUGUCUUGAAGCUGCAAUCACUAGUUUGGAGAGUGAGGCUGUAAGAUUGGAGUUGGAGGCUCAUCCAACUAUGGACAAGCUUACUACCAAGAUCAGUACCCUCAACUUGGAUCGGGUUCGUCAGCUUAAAAGUAGGCUUGUUGCAAUAACUGGGCGUGUUCAGAAGGUUAGGGACGAACUGGAACAUCUCCUAGACGAUGAUGAAGAUAUGGCUGAGAUGUAUCUUACAGAUAAGUUAGCUCAGAAGCUUGAGACUUCGUCCUGUGCUUCUUCAAGUGAUACCGUCGUGGUUGAUCUUCCUGAGGAUGGCAGGCAUGUUACCAGACUUUUUAAAACAUACUAUACGUCUCAUCCCGAAUUUUCGUCUGAAAGCUGUCCCAGAGCAAAUGAUGGCCACGACCUUCUUAUGAGAGCUCAUAGCGCACUUAGCAGAAACAGCCGUGGGUCUCACACGACCUCAUCCCAGAGUUGUAUGACCAACAAACUCAAUGUGCAAGAGCUUGAAAUGCUUUUGGAAGCUUAUUUCGUGCAGAUUGAUGGUACACUGAACAAACUAUCAACACUAAGGGAAUACGUGGAUGACACGGAGGACUACAUCAACAUAAUGCUAGAUGACAAGCAGAAUAAUCUUCUGCAGAUGGGUGUGGUGCUAACAACAGCUACACUGGUGAUGAGUCUCUUUAUUGCUGUUGCGGGAGUGUUCGGGAUGAACAUAAACAUAGAGCUGUUCAAUGAUGAUGUAGCUGGUCCGGGAAGAUUCAUGUGGACAGUGAUUGGAGGUACGGUAGGAAGUUUAGUCCUCUAUUUCGGUGCCAUUGGAUGGUAUAAGCAGAGUCGUUUGCUUGAAUGA